GAGUAGAAAAUUGCUAGACAAUACAAAGGAAAUGCCGGAAUGUCCUUGGCAUCAUCGGGCUUGAUUAACGAUGCGUAGCGGACUCGACGUCGAGUUAAAAAAAAGUUUCAAUCUUUUCACUCCCGUCUCUCUCAUUUAGCAAAUGAUCAUUUGUAUUUAUUUCUCAGUCUAGUGUCGUCAUAUACUGUAGUCACGUGUUAUAUAUACCGAAAUAUAUAUAGUUUCGAUAUUUGUGCAACGGUGAGGCACGUCGUGCGAUGAGUUCUAUUGUGGAAAUAAAAAGCGAAGAACCUGUUCGACUGGAUGAAAGUGCAUUAUACGAAAUACAGUUAUGAAUGAAUGAUAGAAAAAAGAGAGAAGAGUAAAGAUGGAUGAUAGACAACUCAACGAAUUGCUGCCCGAUUUUCGUCCAGGGCCUCUCGAUAAUUAUCGUGGCAAAGCUAGUUUUAAUUGGAAAAAAAUGAAAGUAUUGCUGGAAAGCGAAGAAGUUAUACGAUUUCAAAAAAAAGUAUGGAAAUUAUUGGAAGAAGAUCCACUUUUUCAUCAAGCACCUACUGCAGAACUAACAAGACAAGAAUGCAUUCAUUUGUGUUUCCAGCAACACAAGCGUUUAAUGGAAUAUAAAUUUUUUACGGAAGAAGAAUUUAUACAAAAUCCUGCAAUGAUACUGCAUCUGACUUCAUGUUUAGGAAUGUAUGAUUGGUCGUUAUCUUUAAAACGAAUGCUAGGAUACGAGGCAGUAGGAUGCUUAGCUAUUACAGAGAUUGGUCAUGGUACAAAUACUAGAGGAAUACAAACAACAGCAACUUUUGAUAAAGAAACACAGGAAUUUGUGUUAAAUACACCAAAUAAAGAAUCUGUUAAAACAUGGGCGGGGAAUCUCGGUUCACUAGCAACUCAUGCUGUUGUGUUCGCCCAGUUAUAUACCCCUGAUGGCAGCUGCCAUGGCCUUCACUCAUUUCUGGUGCCUGUUCGUGAUCCAAAAACAUUGAAACCAUUUCCAAAUUUAAUUCUGGGUGACAUGGGUCCCAAACUCGGCCUUAAUGGAUUGGAUAAUGGAUAUUUAAUUUUUUGUAAUUAUCGUAUUCCUCAUGAAUGUCUUCUUAGUCGAACGGGUAAUGUUACAUCAGAUGGAAAAUAUAUAACUAAAUAUAAAGAUCCUAGUAAAAGAUUCGGUGCAUCUUUAGUUUCAUUAUCACUUGGACGAAUAACUAUAAUGAAGAUGUCUAUAGCAAGUUUACAAAAAUGCCUUCCAAUAGCCAUUCGAUAUUCGGCAGUGAGACGUCAGUUUGGACCAACAGAAAAUUCAGAAAUACCAAUUUUAGAAUAUCAAUUACAGCAAUGGCGUCUGAUACCAUAUCUAGCUGCUACGUAUGUUCUGUAUUAUGGGAAUAUUCAAUUUUGUAAAGAUUUUUUUUCUUACCAACUGGCCAUAUGGUUUGGAGAAACAUCAAAUGAACUGGCUGAAAGAGGUGCAGAAUUACAUGCAUUAUGUUGUGCUGGAAAACCAUUGUGCACUUGGUUGGCACAGAGUGCAAUUCAAGAAUGCAGAGAGGCCUGCGGUGGUCAUGGUUAUUUGCAAGCAUCUGGAUUUGGAACAUUGCGGAAUGACAAUGAUGCUCAGUGUACGUACGAAGGAGACAAUAAUGUUCUUCUUCAACAGACAAGUAAUUAUUUAAUUGGAUUGUUAAAAAGGAAAUUAACAGAAAGAGGCUAUGUUAUCACUCCUCAAAGUGUUACUUUUUUGAAUAAUAUGGAUGAUAUACUAAGUAAGACAUUAUCUGUUACUUCAGUAGAAGAUAUUAGAGAUAUGAAAAUAAUAUUAUCUGCCUAUCAGUGGCUAGUUUGUUAUCUAUUAAAAGGCAGCCAUGAAAAAUUAGAAAAUGAAAUAAGAAAAGGGGAAAAUACUUUUACUGCUCGGAAUAACUCACAAGUGUACUUUUGCCAGCCAUUGUCAUUAGCAUUUUUUGAGCUUUCCAUAAUUCAGAGGUUUUACGAUUUUAUUACCGAAGAAACGGUUGACGUCGUCCUGUCGUCUAUAUUAAAGAAAGUGUGUUCUUUGUACGCUCUCUGGAGUUUAGAAAAACAUUUAGCAAUUUUUUACGAAGGCGAAUAUUUUAAAGAAGGAAAGAUGGCGUCUCUGAUUAAAGACGGAAUUUUGUCAUUGUGCUCCUUCCUUAAAAACGAAGCCAUAGCUCUUGCAGACGUAAUUUCUCCUCCAGAUUUUAUUCUUAAUUCGGUUCUCGGAAAUUCUGAUGGACAAGUUUACGAACAUCUUUAUAAUGCCAUUGUUCAGAGAUCGGGAGCGCAAGACAGGCCGUUCUGGUGGAAGGAAUUUCUCAAAAAACCUUCGGUUCAUUCUAUACGAGCUAAACUUUAAAAAAAUCUUCUGCGUUUUUACUGCCAUUCCAUUUUAUAUCUGCAUUUUAUUUUUUAUGAGUUUAUCAUUAAAACCAGUAUUAUUAUUAUUAUUAUUAUUAUGCUUUUUAAUAUGUAUAAUUUCGAUCUGCAUAAUUUUUAUGCAAUUUGUUGUUUUUGGUUAAAUAAAAUUGGGAAAGUU